AUGUUUCCCUCCGUCUCCUCAGCGGGCAGCGGAGCCGUGAGUGUGGGACCCUCCUCUCUCCUCUGUGCCGGGGAAAAAGGUGACUCUGUCCUGAGCGCUGAGACCCCCCUGGACCAAGAGCCAGGUCAACGUCUGUUACAGUUCUUGGACCUCUCCCCAGCUCUCUCUCGCCCUCAGUAUACGUCUACAUCCAGUCAUCUCUCAUUGCCCUGCUCCCUUCUUCCUCACAUCUCCUGGGAACAAAUCAAAGCUAGAGGCUUCAGGGAACUUCACUGGAGUUUCAUCCCCACAACAGCCCCUGUUCCUCAGAGGCUUUUCUCCCUCUCUGCGGGGGGUCCACUCACCUGGAAGCCAGACCAAAACAAAGGACUGCAGCCCGGAACCAACCUGAAGAAAGGAGAUCUGUCUCUGAGAAGAAACCGAGGGGGAAAGGACGACGCAGGAGAAUAUAUUUGUGCCCUGGAGUUUGAAAAUGGGGUGACUCUGAAGAGGAGUGUGCACGUAAAGCUUCUGCACAUCGUCUCCUCUACAGGAAAAGAGCUGAUCUCAGGCCAGCAGCUCAACCUCACCUGCGGCCUCGAGCAGGCGCUGCCCUCUGACCUGCAUCUGAAAUGGUUUCCGCCCAAACAACCGACCCUCUCUGACCCCCGGCCCUCCUCACCUCUCAUCAUCCCGGCGGUGAGCACAGCAGACUCAGGAAAGUGGAGGUGUGAGCUGUGGCAGAACAACACAAAGCUGACGUGGGCUGAGAUAACGCUGGAGAUCGGUGAGUGCCCUGGCUGAGUGUGUGGAU